AUAAAUCUCUUCCUCCUCCUCUUUUCCUGGUCAACAUUUUCCUGCGGAUGAUGGUUAGGGCCUGUUUCUAAGGCCCUCCUCCUCAAACACCGGGGCCCUCCUCUUCCCCCACCCCCCAUGAAACUGAGUCACUGCUGCUAAUUUAAUUCCUCUGCCUCAUUCCAAGAAUUCCAGAGGAAAACUGUCACUCUUCCAAAAUACCACGCAGGCCUGUGUUGCGCUUUUGCGCACACCCGCCGCUUCCCAGCGCUUCCCAUUUCCAAUCCCGACGAGUGGGCAGGAACCUCCUGGAUGAGCCAAAAUUAACCCUGGCAGUGGAGAGACUGGAGUUCUCUCUCUCCACGUUUUUUUUUCCUAAACAAAGUUCAGGGAAAGUUUCUCUUUUCCUCUCUCUCUCUCUCCCUUCACACAAAACCAGCCGGUUGAGUGUCUGCUGAAAGUAUUCAUCCUGACACCAUAGAGCCUGGCAGCUGGAGAGAGGGGGCCAGCCCCUCCGGGGAGAUGGGGGAUGCUGGCGAGAAGAGUCUCGACAACGAUGCCGAAGGGGUCUGGAGCCCUGACAUCGAGCAGAGUUUCCAGGAGGCACUGGCAAUCUAUCCGCCCUGCGGGAGGCGCAAGAUCAUUCUCUCAGAUGAAGGGAAGAUGUAUGGCCGCAAUGAACUCAUUGCUCGUUAUAUCAAGCUGAGGACAGGGAAAACACGGACAAGGAAGCAGGUCUCCAGCCACAUUCAAGUGCUGGCACGGCGGAAAACCCGUGAGAUUCAGGCCAAGCUCAAGGACCAGGUAGCAAAGGACAAAGCACUUCAGACGAUGGCCGCUAUGUCUUCUGCGCAGCUCGUGUCUGCCACAGUCCUCCAGGAAAAGCUGGGUCUUUCAGAGCCCCACUACUCACCCAGCACCACUGCUCUUCUGUCGGAAUCACUGACCCUUCUGGCCGGGGGCCUCAGGAAGUUGAAGUUAAAAACAUCUGGAGGAUUGAAGUCUGCAGAGUUCUUCCAGUUCUGGGCAGGGGAUGCAAACCAGCCCCGAGCCAGUCCAGAUGUCAAGCCCAUCAUCCAGCAGCCACCUUAUCCUAUCCUGCCAAUCCCAGCGCCCCCUGCUGCCCCAGGUUACCACCCGCCCCUGGGCAGACUAUCCCGUCUCCCCACUACUACCUCCUGGCAGGGAAGCUACAUUGGUACGGAAACACUUCGACUGGUGGAGUUCACUGCUUUUGUGGAGCAGCAGGGUGAACAAGAUGCGUGUAAGCAGCAACACCGUUUUGUGCACAUCGACCCGACACCCACCUCCGACUCGCCCUUGGAGGUGGUAGACGUUCGCCAAAUCUACGACAAGUUUCCAGAGCGGGGAGGUGGACUGCGAGAUCUGUAUGACCAAGGACCUUCCCAUGCCUUCUUCUUGGUCAAGUUCUGGGCUGAUCUGAGCUUUCCCCUCCCUGAAGAAGAACCAGGGGGCAUAGGAGGGGCCUUCUAUGGGGUGAGCAGCCGAUAUGAGGGCCCACGGGCUUUGACUCUCAGUUGCACCUCCAAGGUCUGCUCGUUUGGCAAACAGGUGGUGGAAAAACUGGAGACAGCUGAGCCUCCCCAUUGGGAAGAUGGGCACUUUGUCUUCCAAUUGCAACGCUCACCCCUCUGCGAGUACCUCAUCAAUUUUAUCCGCAAACUGCGAACGCUGCCAGAGAAACCCAUGAUGGACAGCGUGCUUGAAAACUUCACCAUCCUGCAGGUUUUGCGGGAUCAAGAAACUGAGGAGUUACUACUAUGUGUGGCGUUUGUAUUUGAAGUGUCUGCCAGUGAGCGGGGGGCACAACACCACAUCUACCGGCUGGGCCGGGACUAAUGAACAUUUUUUAACUUGCCACCACCCUCAAAACCAAGCCGGACAUCCUCAUCUUUUCUGCUCCAUGGACUACAACCUCUCUCAAGUAAUGGAUCAACUGCCAUGACAACUGCUGAGCCUGGUAUGGUGAUUAUUUGUUCCAUCUCCUGGAAACCGGGGACACACCCAGAGAGGCUCUAGGCUCCAGCUUGCAACAACUGCCAUGAUUCAGUGGAUGACCUUGCUACCAUGGCAACACAGUAGUCACCAUGGACUCCAUGAGCCGUCAUAACUUAUGAGAAUGCUCCUCUUUCAGUCAGCCAUCUCCUGUCAACUGCGGUGAAAGAGCAGUUAACCUCUACCCUGUUUCAGAGACUUGUCUUAAGAAGUUACCCCUCAGGGUUGAGUGUCUGGGAUUUUAACACUCCACUGUAACAAAAUUAAUGACAUUUCCUCACACUCCUGGCUCCUAAAACGGCCAAAACUUGAAGUACUUGAUACUUAAACUCUCUCUGACAGAUCAGGCAGCAGUACAGUUUGGGAUGGAUUGUGUCCCGUCAGCUUGCAGAUGAGGAUUCAUAUAUUUGAUGGCUCCUCCAUUUUAAAAAAGAAAAGAGACCGACCUUUUUGUGUGUCUUAUUUUUAUGGUUUGGGUAUGAAGGUAUAUCCAGUCAUGUCUGGCCCCCUGCAACUUGAGGUGGUGCUACUCAGAAAACAGUUCAACGCAGGGGUGGGCAGUCAGAAUUGCAGUCCAGCAAUACUGAGAAGGCCACAUAUUUUCCCACCCCACAUUUUGCAUACUAAGCCCACCAUUGGUAGCAAUGUUCAUGUUGCAGGAGCACAUUGCCUCACCUCGUAAAUGCCUCAUAUCAGUAAUGCCUGAAACUCAGGCCUUUAUCGACAUGAGGCAUAAUGAGGUGACAAAAUUAAGAGCAGAGCAUACCAUACCUCUAAUGAGUGCUAAUGCAUGAUUCAUUAUGCUCAGUCAUAAAAAACUACGUACACAUCAGCAAACCCAGAGAAAGGAGUCUAUAUUCUGCUUACAGAAAGUUUAAAAUGUAGCAAUAAAAAUAAAUUUUUCACAUGUUAUUCCCUAUAUCUGCCAGGAUAUAUAUGUCAGGAAAU